AUGCCUCGGGGUCAGAAGAGUAAACUCGUGCGUGAGAAAUGCCGCCAGGCCCAGAGUGAGGCUCAGUGCCUCCAGGCUGCUGAGGCCACUGCAGCAGAGAAGGAAGAGCCCCAUUUCUCCCUCUCUCCUCCUUUUGGUGAUAAUUCCCAGAGCGCCAAGAGCCAAGAUAAGGAAAGACCAAGUACCUCCUGGGCACCACCCAGCACUGACGAUCACCUAAGAACCCCUCUAGAUGAGAAGGCAAUUCUGCUGGUGCAAUUCCUGCUGCGAAAGUAUCACAAGAGGGAGACCGUAAUGAAGGAAGACGUGAUGAAGCAUGUCAUCAAAAAGGACAAGGAGCACUUCCAUGGGAUCCUCCGGAAAGCCUCCGAGCUAAUGGUGCUGGCCUUUGGCACUGAUGUGAAGGAAGUCGACCCUACCAGGCACUGCUAUGCCCUUGGCAGGAAGUUGCAGCACACCUCUGAUGAGAGGCUGAGGGGUGAGGAGAUCAUGCCCAAGACCGGCCUCCUGAUGACCAUCCUCUGUGUGAUCUUCAUAAAGGGCAACUGUGCCACCGAAGAGGAUAUCUGGGAAGUGCUUAAUGUGAUGGGGAUGUAUGCUGGAAGGAAGCACUUCAUCCAUGGAGAUGUCCAGAAGCUCGUCACUCAAGAUUUGGUGCAGGAGAGCUACCUGGAGUACCAGCAGGUGCCCAACAGUGACCCUCCACGCUACAAGUUCCUGUGGGGCCCGAGAUCCCAUGCCGAAACCAGUAAAAUGAAAGUCCUCGAGUUCUUGGCCAAGAUGCACAAUACGGUUCCCAGUGCCUUCCCAUCCUGGUAUGAAGAGGCUUUGCAAGAUGAAGAGGAAGGAGUCCGGGCCAGAUUUGCAGCCAUGCUUCAUACUGGUGGCCAGGCCAGUGUGUGUUCCAUGGUUAAUUCUGGCAGCUUCCCCCACAUGUAA